AUGGGCAUAGCCCAAAAAUAUUUUGAGAUGGACGAAGGUCGUAGGGUCAUUCGUGGGAAAGAGGCAAAGGGGAAAGAGUUAAACAAAAAACCCAAGGAAAAGUCGAAAUCAAACUCGGAAGAUAGGAGAGGAAGGCCUGAGGAGAGCAGACGAUUCGCCCCCCAAGAAAGGUACGAACCGAGAUAUGACCCCCGAGAUGAUGAACAAAACUUUACACCGCUUAACACCAGCAGGACCAACGUCCUCAUGUGGAUUAAAGAAAACGUCAAGAAUGUGGUAUGGUCACCUAAGAUGAAAGCUGAAAUCAGAGAUACAAGGAAAUACUGCAAGUUUCACGAGGAUUGCGGGCAUGAGAUAGAUGGGUGCCGAGACCUAAAAUUCGAAAUCGAAAGAAUGAUAGAUGCAGGCGAGCUAAGGAAGUUUGUAGCUCAGAAAAUGAAAAGCAGUGAUAAAAGAGAGAAAAGGAGCAGAGACGACAAAGGAAAAGAAAAAGAAAAGGAGAGGCCGUCAAAGAUUUUGGGAACCAUACAUAUGAUCAACGGAGGAGGGUACAAUAGUUCAACAAUCAGGAGAAAACAAAGAAGAGAAGUAAUGACCAUAAGAGAAACCCACAUGCUACUAGUGAUCUCCGACGUUGAGGAUUACGAGCAUGGGAAAGUGCCCCAUAAUGAUGCCUUGGUGGUGACAACCAUCAUUGAAAACUGGAACAUGGAGCGAAUUCUUAUUGAUGAAGGAAGUGCGGUAAAUCUGAUGACAAAUGUAGCAUAUAAGAUGCUAGGAGGAACCGCAUCAAGGUUGCGUCGAGUACCGAUCCCGCUAUCCGGACUCGGUGGCCCCUCUAUCAACCCACUAGGUGCAGUCUCACUAGAAGUCAUUAUCGGCCCGGAGAGGGGAAUUAACAAGAAGUUCAUGUCACUAUUCAACAUAGUGGACAUGGAACUAACAUACAAUGCCAUCCUAGGAAGACCCUUCCUCCAUGAUUAUGCUGCAGUAACCAGCAUAAGAGCACUAGCAAUGAAAGUACCAACGCGAAGGGAGUUGUAA